AUGUUAAUAGGAAGACUCAAUAUUAACUUUGUUUAUAGCUUAAAUGACAAAAUAUCUCAUUUUCUUUCAGGGAAAGAAUGUACCCAAGAUGAAAGCACGGCUGCAGCAAUCUUUGCUGUGCAGAUGGACGACUACUUAGGAGGAAAGCCUGUUCAGAGUAGAGAAAUUCAAGGAUAUGAGUCCACUGAGUUUGUAGGAUAUUUCAAAGGAGGAAUUAAGUACAAGACAGGGGGUGUUGCCUCUGGAUUUAAGCAUGUUAUUACUAAUGAUCUGAGUGCCCGGAGACUUCUGCAUAUCAAGGGCCGGAGAGUAGUCCGAGCCACAGAAGUUCCCCUUGCUUGGACCAGCUUCAACAAAGGAGACUGUUUCAUUAUCGACCUUGGACCUGAAAUCUAUCAGUGGUGUGGCUCAGCAUGCAAUAAAUACGAGCGUCUGAAGGCUACUCAGGUUGGUUGGCAUUCGGGACAACGAGCGGAAUGGAAGGUCCCAGCUGAUUCCUGUGGAAGAAGGAAGCGAACCUGACCGGCUUAU